UAGACUCCAAACAUUUGAUGCCAUACCAAACUACAGAGAACCCUAUGCUCUGUAUGGUGUAGUAUAUGUUUUGUUCCCAGUGAUCAAUAGACAUCUUUCCAGUGUGUAACAUAACGUCCCCAUGUUCACACGAUAAGUAAACUUUAUAUUCAAUUCUAAAAUAACAACGGCUGACAUAUAGAGACAUUUAUAAUAAACGGUUCUAAAAUUUUGAUUAUUGUUGUGAGUUUGAAGUAUUUUUUUUUGGUGAUUUAAAGUGAUCGGUUUUCCGUUUUUUUUACAUAAAUAUACGAUAAGCAACGUUUCAAAUUUACACAAAGAAUUGUAAAAAUGAGGUGGUUUGGAAUUCUUAUCGCGGCCAUAUUACUGGUUGCAAUUGCAUCAGUUGAAGGUGAAGUUUGGGAGGAAGACGACCAUGAAAUUCUUAUCCGCAGUGAACGUGGUACCAAAAAUCGAGAGGCCUGUAAAUAUACAAAAGGAGCAUGGUCUGAAUGUGAUCUCAGUACAAAUAUGCGAUCACGGACAUUAACAUUAAAAAAAGGUGACCCACAAUUAUGUGAUAAGUCAAAAACAAUACAAAAGAAAUGCAAAAAAGGUAAAAAAUGGUCAAAGCAUGAUAAGAAAUCGAAACCAAUUAGCAAUAAAUUUGGGAAUGCGAGUAAUGUUACGAAUGCAAAUGCUGGAGUGACGCAAUCAACAAGCAGAUCUACAUCUUUGCCCGCAGCUUGCCGAUAUGAGCGUGGUUCUUGGAGUGAAUGCAAUGGUCAAAGUGAAAUUACACGAAUUGAUAAGCUGAAACCAAACAGUGAUUCAUCUUGCGAACAAAGUAGGCAAAUCACCAAAAAAUGUAAGACCAAAAAAGGAGGAAAGCCGCCGAAAUCGGCAAAUAAAGCAAGUAAGGGGGACGUCGUAAUAGACCAUAAUAUGUAUAAUUAUGAUAUGAAUCAACAAAUAUGAGCGGAAGUUUUAUAAGCUUCAUGAGCCCUCGUGUUUUAAUCAAUAAUGAUAAAUAUGUUUAGUAUUUCAUAUUAAUAACUGUCCUUUUAAAGAAUAAAACAUUUGGAUGUAUCAUAGUAAUCUUAAACAAACAAAAACAAACCGUAAAAAAUUCAUCAGAAAUAGAAAAUUUUCUUACCAAUUUAAUC